CCCUCGCAGUGGCCCGGCUGGCGGAGCCUGGGACUCUGCUGGCGGAGCCCGGGGCCUGCUGAGCCCCUGGCUGAGGAGCGCCCCCCCCCCCCGCCCCGAGCUCUGGGUCAGCGUGGAGGUGCCGGGCCGCCAUGCUCAGUCUCAAGCUGCCCCAACUCCUUCGAGUCCACCAGGUCCCUCGGGUGUUCUGGGAAGACAGCAUCAUGUCGGGGUACCGCCGCCCCAGCAGCUCCGCCCGGGACUGCGUCCUCAGCUCCUUCCAGAUGACCAACGAGACGGUCAACAUCUGGACUCACUUCCUGCCCACCUGGUACUUCCUGUGGCGCCUGCUGGCGCUGGCGGGGGGCCCGGGCUUCCGCGCGGAGGCCUACCACCGGCCGCUGCUCAUCUUCCUGCUGCCCGCCUGCCUCUACCCCUUCGCGUCCUGCUGCGCGCACACCUUCAGCUCCAUGUCGCCGCGUGCACGCCACAUCUGCUACUUCUUGGACUACGGCGCGCUCAGCCUCUACAGCCUGGGCUGCGCCUUCCCCUACGCCGCCUACUCCAUGCCGGCCUCCUGGUUGCACAGCCGCCUGCACCAGCUCUUUGUGCCCGCUGCCGCGCUCAAUUCCUUCCUGUGCACUGGCCUCUCCUGCUACUCCCGGUUCCUGGAGCUGGAAAGCCCCCGGCUCAGUAAGGCCGUCCGCACUGCCGCCUUCGCCUACCCCUUCCUGUUCGACAACCUGCCUCUCUUCUACCGGCUCGGCCUGUGCUGGGACGGGGGCCGCGGCUGCGGGCGGGAGGCGCUGAGCUCCAGCCACACCCACCACCUGCUGUGCGCGCUGCUCACCGGCUUCCUCUUCGCCUCACACCUGCCCGAGCGGCUGGCCCCCGGGCGCUUCGACUACAUCGGCCACAGCCACCAGCUGUUCCACAUCUGCGCGGUGCUGGGCACCCACUUCCAGCUGGAGGCGGUGCUGGCCGACAUGGGGUCUCGCCGCGCCUGGCUGGCCGCGCAGGAGCCCCCCCUGGGGCUGGCGGGCACGCUGGCCACGCUGGGCCUGGCGGUGGCCGGGAACCUGCUCAUCAUUGCCGCCUUCACGACCUCCCUGUUCCGGGCCCCCAGCACGUGCCCCCUGCUGCAGGGUGGCCCGCCAGAGGGGGGUAUGAAGUCCAAACUGCAGUGAGCCCGCCCUGGGGGAAGGCAGAGGCCAGGCGCCACCCCCCCUCCCGCUGGGGUGUUGCCCAGAAGGGGCACCUCGGAGCCUGGAGUCAAGAGUGGCUGAAGGGAGAGGGCGGAGGAGAGGAGCGCAG